AUGAACUCUGAUAUAAAGCAAUUCAUCUUAUCAUGUGAAAUUUGUAAUAAAUUCCCUUGUGCUCAACAAAAUGAAACUUUAAUUAAUCAUGAAAUUGCUGAUCGGCCAUGGCAAAAGGUUGGAGUUGAUCUAAUGAGUAUUGAAAAGCAUAAUUAUUUUAUAACUGAUGAUUACUUCAGCAAUGUUUUGGAAAUUGACUACCUAGAAAACACAUUAGCCAGUACAGUGAUUAGAAAACUUAAAUCUCAUUUUGCUAGGUAUGGAUUGCCCUGUGUAUUGAUUAGUGAUAAUGGACCCCAAUUUGUAAAUGAGAAUUUCAAACAGUUUGCAACUGAUUAUGAUUUCGAGCAUAGGACAAGUAGCCCUACAUAUGCCCAAUCUAAUGGUAUGGUCGAAUCUGCAGUGAAAACAUCUAAACGUUUAAUUAGAAAAGCUAUUGAAAGUAAUAAAGAUCCCUAUCUAGCCAUUUUGGACCAUAGGAAUACUCCUACCAGUGAUAAAGACGCCAGCCCAUCACAGUAUAGCCUAGGUAAGAGAACACAUACCAAAUUACCAAUGUUAUCCAAGUUACUUGAAAAUCAAAAUGUAAAUUUAGAGUUGGCUAAGGUAAAGAAGAAAAUAAAAAAUGCUAAGAGUAAAUUCUAUUAUGAUAAAAAUGCUAAAGAUUUAAGUAUUUUGCAUGAAGGAGAUAAUGUACGUCUUAAACCUUAUGUUUUGGGCAAAAAGGCCUGGGGAAAAAGGAAAAGUUGUGGAACGAUUAGAUGA